CGCAGGCCGAGCCGAAGUCCUCGGCCGAGCGAGUCCUCGUCACUCCUGUGCUGUGAGCCUUCGCGGCAGGUCCUGGCCGCGUUCUUCCUCCGAUUUCGGGCGCCUUCAGUCGCUUCAGUGGCGUCCUGGUCGCGCUGGACUCUGCUCCGCCAAUUGGCCAAAAUCAAGUUUUGUGAAUGAAAUUCGCGAGCGAACUCAGUGAGUGAAUGAAUGAGUGAAUGGACACGGUGUCGUCAAGUAAUCGUGAAUAAAGUGAUUGCAUCAAAGAGUGCUGUACUAAUUAAUUACUCAAAUAAAUGAACUCUCAAAGGCGAUAAUCAGAACAAAGUGCUUAAGAGAAAUACAGUACUAGCAAGAAAGCAUCAAUAAUCAAUCGGGAGUUCGAACACUUUCAAAAAAUACACUUAAAAGCUAAUGUUCGACCGGAAUCUGGCAAAUCGAAUCAGCUGCAGCAAACCAAACGAGUUAACGCAAUGCGGUCCUUCUUGUCGGCAGUCGGGAACGGCUUGUGCGGGUUGUAUAUCCUUGGUCCUGGCUGGUUUGCGGCCAGAGAGUCCUGCCUUCGUUAAGUGAUUAAUCAUGCUCGUAUAUUUUCCAAGUGAAAUUCAAUUUGGACCGCAACGUCAGUGCAAGAACCACAACAGCCGUCCAGGCGACAGCAAAAUAUAAGGAACACAAAACUGAAAAAUAAGGCACCGGAAUUUUCGAAGGACAUCGCCACGGGGCAACGGCAACAGGACGUGCAACUGCAACAUCGAUAGGGAGAGAAGGCAGGAGGAACUGCACCCAGCGCUUGGCAGCCCGGCGGCGAGUCCUGCUGAAGGACAUGAAAAUGCGCUUCAUUAAUUUGGCUGGCAGCCGCCGACUGCAGCAGCAGGAGCAACAGAAGGACCAGGAGCAGCAACUGCCAGGGAAAUUGGAACAGGAACAGCAACAGCAAAAGCAACUCGAACAGCAACUGGAACAGGGACUCGCGUCAGCUGCAGCGACACAGCACUGAGUUGCAAUGGUGGAGGACAAUGGUUCGUCGCCGGAAGUGGAAGGAGCGGAAGGAGCCGGCGCGCCCCUCCUGGCGCUCCUCCGUGUGGACGGGCUCAAUCAGACGCAGACGCGCUCCCCCUCGCCGUCGUUCUUCGGCAGCUACAAUAUCUCCGAGGACGUCUACUUCUACUUCAAUGGCUUGCCCACGAGCACGGAGCUCGUCCUGAACGCCACCACCGCCGCCACCAGCACCACCUUGAGUACGGCGAUGGCGGGAGCAGGAGGUGGCGGCACCACCACGCCGGAACCCGAUCUGUCCGAGUUCCUGGAGGCCCUGCCCAACGACCGAGUGGGCCUGCUGGCCUUCCUCUUCCUGUUCUCCUUCGCCACGGUUUUCGGCAACUCACUGGUCAUCCUGGCCGUCAUCCGGGAGCGGUACUUGCACACGGCCACCAACUACUUCAUCACCAGCCUGGCGGUGGCCGACUGCCUGGUGGGUCUGGUGGUCAUGCCCUUCUCGGCGCUCUACGAGGUGCUGGAGAACACGUGGUUCUUCGGCACGGACUGGUGCGACAUUUGGCGGUCCCUGGACGUGCUCUUCAGCACCGCCUCCAUACUCAAUCUGUGCGUGAUCUCACUGGACCGCUACUGGGCCAUCACGGAUCCCUUCAGCUAUCCCAUGAGGAUGACGGUCAAGCGGGCCGCCGGACUGAUAGCCGCCGUCUGGAUCUGCUCCAGUGCCAUUAGCUUUCCGGCCAUCGUGUGGUGGCGGGCGGCGAGGGAUGGCGAGAUGCCCGCCUACAAGUGCACCUUCACCGAGCACCUGGGCUACCUGGUCUUCUCGUCGACGAUAUCCUUCUACCUGCCGCUGCUGGUGAUGGUGUUCACCUACUGUCGCAUCUACAGGGCAGCCGUGAUCCAGACGCGAUCUCUGAAGAUUGGCACCAAGCAGGUGCUCAUGGCCUCCGGGGAGCUGCAGCUCACGUUGCGCAUUCAUCGUGGCGGCACCACGCGGGAUCAGCAAAAUCAGGUGUCCGGAGGAGGAGGUGGCGGAGGAGGAGGCGGCGGUGGCGGUGGCGGAGGAUCACUCAGCCACUCGCACUCCCAUUCGCACCACCAUCAUCACAAUCACGGCGGUGGCACGACGACCUCCACGCCGGAGGAGCCGGAUGAUGAGCCACUAUCCGCACUGCACAACAACGGACUGGCCCGCCAUCGGCACAUGGGCAAGAACUUCUCGCUGUCCAGGAAGCUGGCCAAGUUCGCCAAGGAGAAGAAGGCGGCAAAGACGCUGGGCAUCGUGAUGGGCGUGUUCAUCAUCUGCUGGCUGCCCUUCUUCGUGGUCAACCUGCUCUCCGGAUUCUGCAUCGAGUGCAUCGAGCACGAGGAGAUCGUCUCGGCAAUCGUCACCUGGCUCGGCUGGAUCAACUCCUGCAUGAAUCCUGUGAUCUACGCCUGCUGGAGCAGGGACUUUCGCAGGGCCUUUGUGCGUCUGCUGUGCAUGUGCUGUCCUCGCAAGAUUCGCCGCAAGUACCAGCCCACGAUGCGUUCCAAGUCGCAGAGAUUCGCGACGCGGCGCUGCUACUCGACCUGCUCGCUGCACGGCAUUCAGCACGUGCGGCACAACUCCUGCGAGCAGACUUACAUAUAGUUUAGCGUAGAUUUAGUUGACAAUGAUUAAGGCGCCCAGCCACGCCCCCUAGCGCCCUCCAUUUGU